AUGGCGGAGACCAAGAUCAUCUAUCACAUGGACGAGGAGGAGACGCCGUACCUGGUCAAGCUGCCAGUGGCGCCCGAGCGCGUCACGCUGGCCGACUUCAAGAACGUGCUCAGCAACCGGCCCGUGCACGCCUACAAAUUCUUCUUCAAGUCCAUGGACCAGGACUUCGGGGUUGUAAAGGAGGAGAUCUCUGACGAUAAUGCCAAGCUACCCUGCUUCAACGGCCGUGUGGUCUCCUGGCUGGUCCUGGCUGAGGGUGCGCACUCGGAUGCAGGGUCUCAGGGCACUGAUGGGCACACAGACCUGCCCCCGCCUCUUGAGCGGACAGGCGGCAUCGGGGACUCCCGGCCUCCCUCCUUCCACCCAAAUGUGGCCGGCAGCCGCGAUGGGAUGGACAACGAGACUGGCACGGAGUCAUUGGUCAGCCACCGGCGGGAGCGAGCCCGACGCCGGAACCGUGAAGAGGCAGCCCGGACCAAUGGGCACCCAAGGGGGGACCGGCGGCGGGAAUUGGGGCUGCCCCCUGACAGUGCGUCCACCGUGCUGAGCAGUGAACUUGAGUCCAGCAGCUUCAUCGACUCGGAUGAAGAUGACAACACAAGCCGGCUGAGCAGCUCCACGGAGCAGAGCACCUCCUCCAGGCUCAUCCGGAAACACAAGCGCCGGCGGCGGAAACAGCGCCUGCGGCAGACAGACCGGGCCUCCUCUUUCAGCAGCAUCACGGACUCCACCAUGUCCCUCAACAUCAUCACCGUCACACUCAACAUGGAGAGGCAUCACUUCCUGGGCAUCAGCAUUGUGGGCCAGAGCAAUGACCGGGGCGACGGUGGCAUCUACAUCGGCUCCAUCAUGAAGGGUGGGGCUGUUGCUGCUGAUGGCCGCAUCGAGCCAGGAGACAUGCUGCUGCAGGUGAAUGACGUCAACUUCGAGAACAUGAGCAACGAUGAUGCUGUGCGGGUCCUGCGGGAGAUCGUGUCCCAGACGGGGCCCAUCAGCCUUACGGUGGCCAAGUGCUGGGACCCAACGCCCCGCAGCUACUUCACCAUCCCGAGGGCGGAUCCAGUUCGGCCCAUCGACCCAGCCGCCUGGCUGUCCCACACGGCAGCGUUGACGGGAGCCCUGCCCCGCUACGGUACGAGCCCCUGCUCCAGCGCCGUCACGCGCACCAGCUCCUCCUCACUAACCAGCUCUGUGCCUGGCGCUCCGCAGCUGGAGGAGGCGCCGCUGACGGUGAAGAGCGACAUGGGUGCUGUCGUCCGGGUCAUGCAGCUGCCGGACUCAGGCUUGGAGAUCCGGGACCGCAUGUGGCUCAAGAUCACCAUCGCCAACGCUGUCAUCGGGGCAGAUGUGGUGGACUGGCUGUACGCACACCUGGAGGGCUUCCGGGAGCGGCGGGAGGCGCGCAAGUACGCCAGCAGCAUGCUGAAGCGUGGCUUCCUGCGGCACACAGUCAACAAGGUCACCUUCUCAGAGCAGUGCUACUACGUCUUCGGGGACCUGUGCAGCAAUCUUGCCGCCCUGAACCUCAACAGCGGCUCCAGUGGGGCCUCCGAUCAGGACACGCUGGCCCCGCUGCCCCACCCGGCUGCCCCCUGGCCCCUGGGUCAGGGCUACCCCUACCAGUACCCGGGGCCCCCGCCCUGCUUCCCGCCCGCAUAUCAGGACCCUGGCUUCGGCUAUGGCAGCGGCAGUGCCGGGAGUCAGCAGAGUGAAGGAAGCAAAAGCAGUGGGUCCACCCGGAGUGCUGGCGGGAGCAGCCGUCGGGCCCUAGGCCGUGAGAAGGAGAGCCGGUCGGCUGGAGCUGGGGGCAGUGGCAGCGAGUCAGACCACACGGCACCAAGCGGGGCGGGUGGCAGUGGCUGGCGGGAGCGUCCGCCUAGCCAGCUCAGCCGUGGCAGCAGCCCGCGAAGCCAGGCCUCAGCUGCUGCCCCAGGGCUCCCCCCGCUGCACCCCCUGACAAAGGCCUACUCGGUGGUGGGUGGGCCACCUGGGGGGCCACCUGUCCGGGAGCUGGCCGCUGUCCCGCCAGAGCUGACAGGCAGCCGCCAGUCCUUCCAGAAAGCCAUGGGGAACCCCUGUGAGUUCUUCGUGGAUAUCAUGUGA